AUGGCGCUUGUGCUUGACAGCGAUAGAAUAGUGAAGAUUGGGGAUUUCGGUGUUUCAUCUUGUGUAUUUGACAAGGGUGGCAGGCAAUGCUCAAGGGAUACUUUUAGUUGGCCCAUGGACCAUGGUCAUGCUUCCUUCUCGAAGUACCCUCCGAUAAAGGUGGUUGGGGCUGCAGUACUUGUGAAUGGCUGGCUAUCUGAUUUAGACCUACAACGGUUAUCCGCAAUGGAAAACUACUGGCACAGAACAGUGAACCACACUAAUUUGGUUACGUUUCAGGAACUUCUGGAAAAGUGUAAAGAUAUGCAAGAGGCAAUAUGCAUUCAAUUUCAGGCACACCAAGGUGCUAAUGGAGAUGCCACACAUGCGGUGUCAGAGACUUAG